AUGAAAGAUGAAGGAGAAAAGAAAACGAUCAUGUUUGCAGAAACUGAUCAAAUCAUAGAGAAUAAUCAAAAUAAUAAUAGUAGUAAUAGUGUUGGUAGUGGAACGGUUUCUGCUAUACAACAACAACAACACAACUAUCACAGUAAUCAUAAUGGAAUAGUAUUAAAUAGUAGUAUAGAGUCUACACAAUCAUCUAUAGAUUAUUUGCCAAAGAAUGAUGAGGUGGAAAUACAAACAUUGAUGGGUCGAAGAAAACCAUCGGAAUUAGAUUUAACAAUGGGUUAUGGUGAUGAAGUCAUAGAGAUUUCCCAAUCUAUUGAUGAUGGAGAUAUGUACGACUAUGACGACUAUCAUCAACCCGGCGGUGUUGGAAUCACCCUCCAAAACAUAUACCAUCCACAUGAUGCCAGGACCGAGAAAAAGGGAAAGAGUCAUAUUAUAAAUAGUCCAUUAUUGGAAUCAAUCAAUUUAAAUGGAAAUACUCAAGAUGACAGUGAUGACGAUAGUGACAGUGACAGUGACAAUCAAGAAGAACAAACAGAAUCAUUAAAUGAAAUUAAUAUUAAUAUCAGUCAACAACAACAACAACAUAGUAGUGGUAGUGGUAGUCAAAAGCAAAAGAUGAAAAAGAAACCAUAUUAUUUCAUUGAACCUUAUAUUACAUUACUUGUAUCAAAUAAGGCAUACAGAUUGCUAUUCUUGUCAUCGUUGAUUUCACAACUUGGUGAUUGGUUUAAUGAAUUGGCAUGUUUGACGUUAUUGGCAAAGUAUGGUGCUAGUGGUAUUAUGGUUAGUGCCUUUUUGGUGCUGCGAGAAUGUCCACCAUUCUUUUUUAGUCCGAUUACAGGUGUUGUCAGUGACACGUUUGAUCGUCGAAAGAUUAUGAUCAUGGCCGAUGUAUUUAGAUGUGUUUUGGUACUACUAUUCCUUUUGGUUCGAUCACAGGGCAGUCUGUGGUUAUUUCUCGUUAAAAAGGACCAACUCAUCACCGCCAAUGCCACCGAGCAGACAUCCUACUCAUCUAUGAUGUUGAUCGGUGCUGCAAUUGGUGGUCUCGUCUCUUACAAGUUUGGUACAACCGUCAAUUACAUCAUUGACAGUAUGACCUAUAUAGGAUCACUCAUUUGUGUUUUAUUAUUAGUAAGAGUAAUGAAUCAACAAUCUCAAUUAAAUCAACAAAAAGAAGAAGAAACCGAAGAAGAAGAAGAAGAAGAGAGUGAAACGAUGAUUAGCGAAUCAGAAGAAUCUCAAUUUGAAUAUUACAUGAGUCAAACAGAAACUGAAGAUGAUAAUAUUCAUAAACAAAGAUUACAUCAACAAAAUCAACAUCAACAACAUUUACAACCAAAUAAUAAUAAUAAUAAUAAUAAUCCAGGUAAUUCCAAAACAACAACAACAACAACAGCAAUUGGUAGAUAUUUUUCAAUGUAUAAAGAAGGGAUGAUAUUCUUGAGGAAUCAUCAUUAUAUUUGGUUGAUUACAUUUUGCAAGGCUAGUGGUGCACUUGUAUGGGCUGGUGCAGACACUGUUCUCAUUCGAUUUGGUCAAAAGGUAUUUACGAUGGGUGAUGACGGCAGUCUGUCACUUGGAAUCAUUCUGGCUUGUGGUGGUCUAGGUAUUGUCCUAGUACCAUUUGUAUUUGCUAGAAUCAUUCCCGAUAAACCAAUUUAUCAUAAUAAUAUUUUAAAGUUUGGUUUUUUUAUGAAUUGUUUUGGAACAUUGGCACUUGGAUUCUCAGCAUCAAUAUUUCCAGUAUUUUUAUUCUUUAAUGUCAUUAGAUCAAUGUCAACUUGUGUAUUGUGGUUGUAUUCAUCAUCGAUCCUACAACAAUUACUUCCAAACAAGGUAAGAGGAAGAGUAUUUGCAUUUGAAUUUGGUAUGCUCAUUCUAUGCAGUGUCUGUGCUAAAAUGACAACUGGUUUGUUGCUUGACGAAGCACAAAUGUCUCCACAAAAUGUAACCUAUGUAUUUGGUCUGGUUGGUGUAUUGGUCUUUAUGGUUUGGAUGACAUUAUUAAACAAAUUCACUUUGGUUGAAAAGUCAUAA